UCCAUUAAAUCAGCAGAAUUGCAAGUGCAAUUGAACUUUAAAGCUAAAUCUGAAAGAUGAAGUUAAUUUCUAAGAUUUUUGUACCGGCCUUAAUAUUUGUCUUAGUCGCUCAUCAUUCUUCCACUGAGGCUAAAGCCCUGUUAGGAUUACUUGGUGGAAGUACCAGUGGAGGAUCUACUAGUUUACUGGGUGGAGUACCUUUAGUGGGCGGCUUACUUGGUGGUUCUGGAGCGACCUCAGGUGGACUGGUAGGAGGCUUACCUUUGGUAGGAAAUUUGGCCGGAAAUUUACCUGUGGUUGGAGGUGUACUUGGUGGUACGACAGGAUCUUCGGUUGGCGGUAAUUUACUUGGCGGUUUGCCUUUGGUUGGUGGCCUACUUGGUGGUAGCAGCGGUGGUUUACUUGGAGGUCUACCUUUGGUAGGUGGCUUAGUGGGAGGUUCAACAACCACCAGUGGAGGUAUACCCAUAGUAGGUGGUUUACUUGGCGGUUCCGGUGGUUUACUUGGAGGCUUAGGUGGUGGACUUUUAGACGGUGUGGUUCAAACAGUUGGUAAUACUGUUGGCAACUUAGCUGGCACAGCCUUUAACGUAGUUAAUACUGCUGCUAAUCUUGUUGGAAAUACUCUAGCAGCCGCUCUUAAUUUAGUCACUGUUAUACCUGCCAGCGCCCUUAAUAUCCUUACAGGUACUUUAGGCUCUGCACUCGAUUUAAGUGGCAACUCACCUAUAUCAAUCGUAAGUUCACUUGGUACCGUAUUGGGAGAUUCAUUUGGCGGACAGGCACCAGCUGGUAUUCAGUCUACUGUUAUAGCUCAAGGUAGUGAAAUAGAUACUCUAUUGGUUUUGCUUUAUAACGCAGUACAGCUAAAGAAUGACUUGGAAGAAAAAUUGAAAACGGCUGUGGGAGCAGAAAAGGAUUCACUUAUGCUUAAGUACAACCAACAAGUUUCUAUUAUCAGUAAUCUUGAAGAUCGUUUGACACAAAAAUCCGCUGGCUUAAAACUUCUAAUUGAUUCAGCUAACAAUGUUGCUGCCCAGCUACCCAAAGUUACUCUCCUAGAAAGUCAGGUGGCUGACUUAAAGGCUCAGUUGGCAGCCGCUUCAGGCGCACAAAAAGAACAAAUAACAAUUACUCUAAAUGCCCAAGAGACUGCCUUAGAUAACAAAUAUAGUGAUUUACUCAAUCAAUUGAAAGCAUUUAUCGAAAGUGGUUUGGAAAAUGCCAUAAACACUAUACAAACAACAGCACCUUAUUUACCAGCCGAUGUAAUGUCUCUUUUAGGCAACAAAUUGAAUGCAAUAACAUUAGCUUUGAAUAGUGCCUUUGGUGAACAAAUACCCAAUUUGGGUGGUCUAAUUCCCGAUUUGGAUGGUCUGAAGGCAACUUUAGUUGCUUUAGCCCAAAAUGUUCCAGCUCAAUUGUCACAAGUGAGUAGUUUAAUAAACACCAUAGCUGGUUUAGGCCAAAAAUUCCCCACAGCUACACCCGAAGAACAAGCUGCUAUUUCUGCUACUUUCCAACAAGCCAUGGCUGCCUUAAAUGACAAUUUGACAGCGGUAUCAGGAACAAGCUCAUCUAUAAAAGGUUUAGUUGAUUUAGCAAAACUGAUUGUUGCUCGCUUGUCUGAUGUGAAUGCCUUAAAACAACAAUUGGCAACUGCUUCACCUGAUCAGAAACCUCAAAUUGCCGCUCAAUUGGAUCAAAGACAAAAUGAACUUGGUGCCAUUAUUUCAAAAAUGUUGCAAUUAACCCAAACUGUUGCAAACGAUAAUACUGGAGCUAUUAGCAUGAAUACAAUUAACAUUUUAAACAAUGGCCUUUCACCAUUAGUAUCAUUAGCAAAGAAUGGAUUUGAAACUGUUUUAAAUACAGCAGGUGCAGCAGCUGGUUUAGCUGCUGGCUUAGUUAAUGGUGCAGCUAAUUUAGUAACCAAUGCAGCUGGAACUGUAGUCAAUGGUGCUGCUAAUUUAGUAAACACUGCAGCAGGAAGCUUAGCUAAUGGUUUCAACUUAGCAACUGGUUUGACUGGAAAUAUUGUGCCUGGUGGUAGCACCUAUAUUAGCGGUAGCGCUUCACCAACUGUUACAUACAGCAGCAACAUGGUUCCAUCUUCUGGUAUUACAUACACCAGCAAUGUGGUUCCCUCUUCUGGUGUGACUUACACCAGCAAUGUAGUCCCAUCAUCAGGUAUGACCUACACCAGCAACGUAGUGCCAUCUUCCGGCAUGACCUACACCAGCAACGUAGUGCCAUCAUCAGGUAUGACCUACUCUAGCAACAUGGUUCCAUCUUCUGGUAUGACUUACACCAGCAGCGUAGUCCCAUCUUCCAUGACAUACUCCACCGUUGGUUAACCUAUCUUCGUGAAAGGCAGCAAGUUUUAAAACAUAAACGAUAAACCUACGAAUGUUCUAUUAUACAUAUAAACUUAAAUUUGUCAAUUUGUAAAUUUUUUUCUUAAUUUUUAAUAAUAUUUUUUGUAAUAAUGAUUUUAAAUAAAUAUUAAAACAUAUAUUCAGAGAAAAAUAUUAAAAUAAAUCAUAUUGUUGUAAAUUGAUUUGAUUAAUUUAAAUUUUUUAUUAUGGAUAUUGGUCAAUUUUCAAA